AUGUCUCUUCUACUGGCUGUUCUCCUCUUCCUCUCAGGCCCCAUUGCGUCUGCGGUAGCUGCUKGUGCUGUGGGACCUGCUACCGGUUUUAAACCGGCAGAUGAUAUACUUAUUGAUUGCGGAAGCAAAUUGUCAUCCAAAACCCCUGAAGGGAGAGUCUUUAAGAGCGACCAAGAGACGGUCCAAUUUAUAGAAGCCAAGGACGAUAUUCAGAUCUCGGCUCCGCCUUCGGACAAGGUCGCUUCUCCUAUCUACCUAACUGCAAGGAUCUUCCGUGAGGAAGCCACCUACAAAUUCCAUUUGACCCGACCUGGUUGGCAUUGGGUUCGCCUCCAUUUCUUCGCCUUCCCUAAUGACAAAUUUGACCUUCAACAAGCAACUUUUUCCGUUUUAACGGAGAAAUAUGUGUUGCUCCAUAACUUCAAAAUCAGUAACAACAACAAUGAUAGCCAAGCUCUUGUUCAGAAGGAGUAUCUCGUCAACAUGACGGAUGCUCAAUUCUCCCUCAGGUUCAGACCUAUGAAAAGCUCUGCAGCGUUCAUCAAUGCUAUUGAAGUUGUGUCAGCUCCAGAUGAACUGAUCACCGAUUCUGGCACCGCCCUUUUCCCAGUCAAUGGCUUCUCGGGUCUCUCUGACUAUGCUUACCAGUCCGUUUACAGAGUCAAUGUUGGUGGUCCCUUGAUCACGCCUCAGAAUGACACAUUAGGAAGAACCUGGGUACCGGAUAAGGAAUUCUUGAAAGAUGAGAACUUGGCUAAGGAUGUUAAAACAACCUCUUCGGCAAUCAAGUACCCUCCUGGAGUUACACCUUUGAUUGCUCCGCAGACGGUUUAUGCAACAGCUGCAGAAAUGGCUGAUUCCCACACCAUAGCCCCUAAUUUCAACGUCAGCUGGAAUUUCCCCUCGAACCCGUCGUUUAACUACCUCAUUCGGCUUCAUUUCUGUGACAUCGUGAGCAAGUCCCUCAAUGACCUUUACUUCAAUGUGUACAUUAACGGGAAGACUGCCAUUUCUGGGCUGGAUUUGUCCACUGUUGCAGGCGAUCUUGCAGCUCCUUACUACAAAGACAUUGUUGUGAACGCGACACUUAUGAGCUCUGAGCUCCAAGUCCAGAUUGGUCCCAUGGGAGAAGAUACAGGGACCAAAAACGCAAUCUUGAACGGUGUUGAGGUUCUGAAGAUGAGCAAUUCCGUGAACAGCCUUGACGGAGAGUUUGGAGUUGAUGGUAGAACCACUGGCAUGGGGAGAAAUGGUAUGGUUGCAACCGCGGGGUUUGUAAUGAUGUUUGGAGCGUUCAUCGGCCUUGGAGCCAUGGUUUACAGGUGGAAGAAGAGACCACAAGAUUGGCAGAAGAGAAACAGUUUCUCUUCUUGGUUGCUACCGAUACACGCCGGUGACAGCACUUUCAUGACAAGCAAAGGUGGUUCGCAGAAGUCCAACUUCUACAACUCAACUCUUGGCCUCGGCCGCUAUUUCUCUCUUUCAGAGCUUCAAGAAGCCACUAAGAACUUCGAAGCAUCUCAGAUUAUCGGUGUUGGAGGAUUUGGUAACGUCUAUAUCGGAACCCUCGACGAUGGAACCAAAGUUGCUGUCAAACGAGGUAACCCACAGUCUGAACAAGGUAUCACUGAGUUUCAGACAGAGAUUCAGAUGCUUUCUAAGCUCAGACACAGACACUUGGUCUCCUUGAUUGGAUACUGUGACGAGAACUCAGAGAUGAUCCUAGUCUAUGAGUUCAUGUCCAAUGGUCCAUUCAGAGACCACUUGUACGGAAAGAACCUAGCUCCUCUGACCUGGAAACAGCGGCUCGAGAUCUGUAUCGGAUCUGCACGUGGGCUUCACUACUUACACACAGGAACAGCUCAAGGGAUUAUCCACCGUGACGUCAAAUCCACCAACAUUCUUCUCGACGAGGCUUUUGUUGCCAAAGUCGCUGACUUUGGUCUUUCUAAAGAUGUAGCCUUUGGACAAAACCAUGUCAGCACAGCCGUGAAAGGAAGUUUCGGGUACCUAGACCCCGAAUACUUUAGAAGACAACAACUUACCGAUAAAUCCGAUGUUUAUUCCUUUGGUGUUGUUCUUCUGGAAGCUCUGUGCGCAAGACCAGCCAUCAAUCCUUCGCUACCAAGGGAACAGGUUAACUUAGCUGAAUGGGCUAUGCAAUGGAAACGAAAAGGACUGCUCGAAAAGAUCAUCGAUCCUCAUUUGGCUGGAACGAUAAAUCCUGAAUCGAUGAAGAAGUUUGCGGAAGCUGCAGAGAAGUGUUUGGAAGAUUACGGUGUUGAUAGACCAACAAUGGGAGAUGUUCUGUGGAACUUGGAAUAUGCUCUUCAGCUUCAAGAGGCAUUCACUCAGGGCAAAGCCGAGGAGACUGAGAACGCUAAGCCAGUUACAUCUGGUGAUGUGCCGCCAGUUUCUCCAUCUCCGAUCACUCCCUCAGCCACCACCAAUGCGGCGGCUAGUGUUCCCGUGACUUCUAAGGUGGAAGAGGACAAUGGCGCAGCCGAGGUUCAGGCCGUGGACGAACACUCUGGAACAGCUAUGUUUACUCAGUUUGCUAACCUCAACGGAAGAUAA